CCCAUAAAAUAAACAAAUAAAAAUUAAAACUCAAAAAAGAAGAAGGAAAAAAAAUAAAAUUAUAUAUCCCCUCAAAAAUCUGUAGAGGAAGGGAAAAAAAUCGACAUUUCGACUGUCUGAAAAUUUCAGAUUUGAAUUGAAGACAAAGAUUUAAGUGCGGUAGGAAGAAAUUCUGGGCUUGUGCUGAACCUUUACCCAGGGUUUUAAUCAACACAUACAUUAUCUUCACAUGAAACGGAUGUGAGAUCUUUAAUCAUGCCUGUGUUAAUAGAAGGUCUUCCAGAUGCUGUUGCCAUAAGAUGCCUUGCUCAUGUUCCAUUUAAUCUCCAUCCCAAGUUAGAGGUUGUAAGCCGUACAUGGAGAGACGCCCUUCGCAGCCGUGAGCUUUUUAAGGCCAGGGAAGAGGUAGGUUCAACAGAGGAGUUCUUAUGUGUAUGUGCUUUUGAUCCAGACAAUCUAUGGCAGCUUUAUGAUCCCCUCCACGAUAUUUGGAUUACACUCCCAGUUUUCCCGUCAAAAAUCAGGCAUCUUGCUCACUUUGGGGCGGUCUCCACUGGCGGGAAGCUAUACGUGCUUGGUGGUGGGAGUGAAGCUGUUGACCCAUCGACCGGUGACCAAGACGGGAGCUUCGCAACCAAUGAAGUAUGGUCUUAUGACCCUGUUAUGAGGAAGUGGGCCCAGUGUGCUCCUAUGCUCGUACCCCGUGCAAUGUUUGCUUGCUGUGUCUUAGACGGGAAGAUCGUUGUUGCUGGCGGUUUCACCAUAUGCCGGAAAUCAAUUGCUCAUGCGGAAGUUUAUGAUCCUGAAAAGGAUACGUGGGUUUCGAUUCCCGAUCUCCCGUACACUCAUAACUCGGCGUGUUCGGGAGUUGUGAUUGGUGGGAAAAUGCAUGUUGUGCACAAGGGGCUUUCUAUGGUGCAGGUACUCGAGAGCCCGUGUGAUGGUUGGGUGGUGGAAGACCAUGGUUGGCUACAGGGUCCAAUGGCGGUUGUUAAAGGGGUUCUUUAUGUAAUGACCCAUGGUCUUAUUUACAAACAGGAAGCUGAUAAAAGAAAGGUGGUUGUUUCAGCAUCAGAAGUAAGAAAGAGAAUUGGGUCUGCAAUGAUUGGUGUUGGUGGUGAGAUAUAUGUAGUUGGAGGUGUGAUUGGUCCGGACCGGUCGAACCGGGAUAUUAAGCCGACUUCUGAUGUUGAUGUUCUGACCGUAGGAAGUGAGAGACCGAACUGGCGCAGGGUCGCUCCUAUAUCCAGGUGCCGUGGAACUAUACUUGGAUGUACACAGUUAAGAAUUUAGAGUUCUUUUUGAAAGAAUGAAUGUUAUGUUUUGUUUGUAAGAAUGGUGCCUUUGUUUGAGAUUUGGUGCCUUUGAAUUGUGUUGUAACUGGUUUCUUUUCGCUUGAUCUUGAAUUGCAAGUUUAUAAGGCAAUAGAUCAUUCUGGAAUGUAAACUUGUAAAGUUUUUUUUAGAAGAAUUAUUCUUUGAGCAAUUGAAGGACUACAAUUUGUUUUUAA